UGUGUGUGUGUGUGUCUGUGUUAAAGUGCGUGUGCGUGCGUGUACAGAAGUAAACACCACAUAGAGACACUCUGUAUGUCUGUCAGCGCUCUAACUGAAGGAGAAGGACAUGAGCCUCAAACAGUGCUACGGAGAGAUUGUACAAUGUUCAAGUGACUGUGCUCUAUAUACAGCUAUUGUGAAUGAGAAGCAUCUCUGAACAGCCGAGUGCAAUGCAUGACCUAUCUGCUGUACUGUUGAACGUGUUUACAGACUUCAUACUGCCAUUCUCAGAGAUGUCCUUGGGCUGCUCACCUAACAGAGGAGGUAUAGGGAGGAGGGAGGUAGGAAGAACAGUGUACUGGCAGUCUUGUUGACUUUUUCUCGCUGUUUUUUUACAGCCCGUCCUGUUUGCUCCACAACGUUUUCUUAAUGAAUCACUUAACCAACCUUUUAAUCAACAUAUCUUCAUCUAAGUGAAAAGAUUGAAUUAUUUUGAAUUGUGUCAACUUUUACUGGGCUUUUACUGGGCUGUGUUGUGACAAGUUAGGGCUGGUAUACAGAGGAUAGCCCUAUAAGUCCAUAUAAUGGCAAGCACAGCUCAAAUAAGCAAAGAGAAACGACAGUCCAUCAGUACUUUAAGACAUGAAGGUCAGUCAAUCUGGAAAAUUUCAAGAGUUGCAAAAACCAUCAAGCACUAUGAUGAAACUGGCUCUCAUGAGGACCGCCACAGGAAAGGAAGACCCAGAGUUACCUCUGCUGCAGUAAGUUCAUUAGAGUUACCAGCCUCAAAAAUUGCAGUCCAAAGAUGCUUCACAAGUUCAAGUAACAAACGUCAACUGUUCAGAGGAGACUCCGUGAAUCAGAUGUUCAUAGUAGAAUUGCUGCAAGGAAACCACAACUAAAGGACAUCAAUAUGAAGAAGAGACUUGCUUGGGCCAAGGAACAUCAGCAAUGGACAUCAUUUGUUAAUAUGUAUUUUAACUAUGCAAGUCAGUUACAAACAUAUUCUUAUUUACAAUGAUGGCCUACCAGGGGAACAGUAGGUUAACUGCCUUGUUCAGAAUAACAGAUUUUUACCUUGUCAGUGCAGGGAUUCGAUCCAGCAACCUUUCAGUUACUGGCCCAAUGCUCUAACCACUAGGCUACCUACCUCCUGACAUUAAAACACUGGAAAUCUGUCCUUCGGUCUGAUUAGUCCAAAUGUGAGAUUUUUGGUUAGAACCACGUGUCUUUGUGAGACGCAGAGUAGGUGAACGGAGGAUCUCUGCAUGUGUGGUUCCCACGGUGAAGCAUGGAGGAGGAGGUGUGAUGGUGUGGGGGUGCUUUGCUGGUGACACUGUCAAUGCUUUAUUUACAAUUCAAGGCACACUUAACCAGCAUGGCUACCACAGCAUUCUGCAGUGAUACGCCAUCCCAUCUGGCUUGUUCUUAGUGGGACUAUCAUUUGUUUUUCAACAGAGCAAUGACCCAACACACUUCCAGGCUGUGUAAGGACUAUUUGACCAAGAAGGAGAGUGAUAGAGGGCGGCAUCAGAUGACCUGGUCUCCACAAUCACCUGACCUCAACCCAAUUGAAAUGGUUUGGGAUGAGUUGGACCACAGAGUGAAGGAAAAGCAGCCAACAAGUGAUCAGCACAUGCGGGAACUCCGUUAAGACUGUUGGAAAAGCAUUCCAGACUCACGUCUCUCCAGCGGAUCCUGCUACUUCCUAUCAGAUCAAUCAACAAGACUCCCUGUCGGAGAGAUUAUGAGGAAUAGCAGUUUCACUCCCCACGGCAGUCCAACAGGAAGUGAAAAGACACGGGGACUCUGCUAAUCACCAUGACAACCAUACAGCUGUGACUGACUGUGUGAGGCCCCUCCCUCUUUUUCUACACCCAAGCUAAACCCAUUCUCCCCUUUCUGAGGACAACCUAGCUACCCCAGUCCAUCCCCCACGCUCUUUCUCCUUUAAACUCAACCUCGCUUUCCCUUAUUUCAAUCCCACGUUUCCUCCAUCUUAACAAAACCGCCCUCUUCAUUUGUCCUCCUCCUCCUCCUUCUCUUCCCUCCAUCAUCAUGCUCAGCAGGCUUCACACUCACUCCUCCUCUUCCUCUCCAUCUACCCACACCCUCCUCAUCCUUCCCGCUCUCCUCCUCUUCCUCCACCUUCCGGGACUGGUCUGGGGGGACUGCUGGCUGAUCGAGGGGGACAAGGGCUACGUGUGGCUAGCCAUCUGCAGCCAGAACCAGCCUCCAUAUGAGACCAUCCCCCAGCACAUCAAUAACACGGUCCACGACCUGAGGCUCAACGAGAACAAGCUCAAAAUGAUCCCCUACACCUCCAUGUACCGCUUCACCAACCUCACGGACCUCAACCUCACCAAGAACGAGAUCUCCUACAUCGAGGACGGAGCCUUCGCUCAACAGGCCAACCUACAGGUCCUCCAGCUGGGCUACAACAAACUGACCAACCUGACAGAAGCCAUGAUGAGGGGCCUGGGCCGGCUGCAGUGCCUCUUUCUCCAGCACAACCUCAUUGAGGUCAUUGGCAACAAUGCAUUGGAUGAGUGCCUCAGUCUCAACAGCAUUGACCUGUCAUCCAAUAAGCUGGCCCGCAUCGACCCCUCCACCUUUACCAUUUUGAAUCGCCUCAUGGUGUGUGAGCUGGCUGGGAACCCCUUCCAUUGUGGCUGUGACUUGUACAACUUCCUCACCUGGCUGGAGGCCUUCAAUAACGUCACACACACCUACGACCGGCUCCAGUGCGAGACCCCCAGGGAGAUGUUUGGCUACCCACUCCUGAGUCCCAUCGCGUCCGGCCACGCUGGGCACAACGCUCGGACGAUUCUGUCCUCUGUCUGCCGGGAUGGGGUCUUCAUCCCCGGGAUGACGUCUCUCCCGCCAGACUCAGAUUCCUCCGGAAUGGGCCCGGACAUGUUUGACCGCGUGGGUCCGUACCACCAACCCACCACCUCGUCUUCCUCCACGGAGCACAGCUUCAGCCCCAGCAUCAAGCUCCACCACGUGUCCCUCUUCACGGCCUCUAUCAUGGUACAGAUCCCCAGACCUUACAGCAAGAUGUACAUCCUGGUGCAGUACAAUAACACAUUUGUCUCUGAUGUCAUGAACCUGAAGCUCAAGAAGGAGAUGAUCACGCUGAACAAGCUCAAGCCACACACCAACUAUACCUUCUGCGUGGCCUCCAUCCGGACCUCCCAACGCUACAACCACACCUGUCUCCAGUUCUCCACCCGAGCCCAGAACCCCGACGACAUGCCGCCAACACCUUCCACCACCACCCACUACAUAGUGACCAUCGUGGGCUGCAUCUUCGGGAUGCUCUGCAUCCUGGGCCUCGUCUACUAUUGUCUGAGGAAGAAGAGGAGGCGUGAGGAGAAGCAGAAGUCCAUCUGUGUGAAGAAGACGAUUCUAGAAAUGAGGUAUGGCCCGGAGGUGGCGGCGGCCGUGGGGAACGACCCGUCUGCGGUGCAGAAGCUCCAGGAGCAGGCCCAGGGUCAGGGCCAUCACCAAUACCAGCACCAUACGCACGGGGGCAAGCUACCAAUGUCUGCCUCCUCCUCGGGCAUGCUUCACUCCGCCAACACCUCUUCCUCCAGACUCUCCUCCAUCCCUCAGGAUAAGAUGCCCACCGCCUUCUCUGAGGCCAUGCUGACCAGCAAAGGCAACUACAUGGAUGUGAGGACGGAGGGGGUGAUGAGAGACGGAGGGAUGGGAGGAGGACAGGGAGGGAUGAGGGAUGAGGAUCUAAGAGAAGAGGACGGGACGGACGUGGGGGAGGAUUCGGACGACGACGGGCGAGGCUCGGCCUCGGAGAUCUCCACCAUCGCCAUGGAGGUGGAUAAGGUCAACCAGAUUAUCAAUAACUGCAUUGACGCCCUGAAGCUGGACUCUGUCAUGGCCGCCUCCUCCACUGCCUCUUCCGCCACUACCACCACCUCCUACCCCACCUCCCCUCCACCCACCUGCACCUCCUCCUUGACCCGUGGCCUCAUCCCCCUUUCCCCCGGCAUCACUGAGACCUGCCCGGGCCUGCCCUCCCCUACCACCAAGAUCCCCAGUCCACCGCCGCUCCCCUUCUCCCUCCCUCUCUCGGAACGUCCGGGGAUCAGCGGCGGGGGGUUUGUGUCGCCGCCCUACCGCCCGCCUCCCCCUGCGUCCGCUGUGCGCCCUGUCGUGAGGCAGAUGAGCGCUGACGCUGCGGUGGUGAUCAGUGCCGUGAAGAAGCAGUGCAGCACCUCGUCCUGCAACUCCAUGGGACGUGACCGGGAACGAGGGACCGGAGGAGGAGGCCGGGUCUACAGCCUGGACGUCCACGAGCCCCGCAGCCCGGACCCCUGCCAGCAGUACCCAGGAGAGAGAGGCAGCCCCGCAGGGUGUGGAGAGCCCCUGGAGCGGCUGCCUCUGGUGGGGAGCGGCGGGGGAGGAGGUGGGGGUGGUAGUGGAGGUGGUGGUGGUGUUGAUGUUAUUACCAACCAGCAUCACCAGCACCAGCAGCAGCAGCAGCAGCAGGGGCAGGGACAGGAACAGCAGGAGGACUACCACUGCUCAGAGCACCGCCACUCAGUCCCGGCUCUGUACUACGAGGGCUCCCACCAGGGCUCGCCGCACCAGAGGGCCUCCUUCCUCAAGCCCCUGACCCGCUCCCGCCGUGACGCCGCCUCCUACUCGCAGCUCUCGCCCUCCCGCCACCAAAACUACUCCGGGUACUCCUCCAGCCCUGAGUAUUCCUCGGAGAGCUCUCUGAGGAUCUGGGAGAGGUUCCGGCCCUACAGGAAGGGCCAGAGGGAUGAGUCAUGCUACGUCACGGCUGGGAACGCCUUAAGGAAGAAGGUGCAGUUUGCCAAAGGGGAGGACCUCCACGACAUCCUCGACUACUGGAAGGGCGUGUCAGCCCAGCAGAAGCUGUGAAAGGAAGACAGGAAGUGAGAGUGAUGGGUCUCUUGUUGAUCCCGGUGAACUGCCAAUUUGAGAUGCCAGACAAAAGGAAAGAGAGAAAAUGAAAUUAAUGAGGGUAGUGAAAGAGUUAAGUUGAGUCUGACUCAUUUACAGUAGGUUUCAUUGAACCGUGUCAAAACAUGUUAUCAUCAGCAGGACCAGAGCUGAGAGAGAUGAUAGUACAGUAGGGUCAAUGUGGACUAGGACUACUUCUGGAACCUGCUCAUCGUCUUUACAGUUAUAAAUAGAGACAGGGAGCCCAGGCCAACCAGUGUUCAGUGAACACUUCAUGUGGAAUUCACCUGUUGGAGUGUCAUUCUCUGUGCCACGCUUUCAUCUGUGUGUAGAGACGGGAAAUCAGAUGACGUAACGCCUGUUUGUGUCUGCAUUGAGUGUAUGCGUGUGUCAUCGAGUGUACUGUAUGUGUGUGUGUCAGUGUUUGUGUGUGUGUAUGAGUCAGUCUAAACUCCUACACAUGUUUUUGGGCGCAUGUAGGGCAGGCAGAUAAUGUGUGUGUCUGUGUUGGUGAGACAGAAACACAGUGAGAUAAUAUACCCAGAGAGAGAGAGAGAGUGUGAGAGAGAGAGUGAGAGAGUGAGAGAGUGAGAGAGUGAGAGAGUGAGAGAGAGAGAGAGAGAGAGAGAGAGAGAGAGAGAGCAAUACAAAGGGGAAAAACAUGGUGAUUGUGAACAGAGCUGUCAAGCAGUCUCUCCCUCCUAUCCCUGAGAUCAUCCAUGCUAUUGGAUGGUGCACAAACAUUUGCAUUUCAAUAGUGGCUGUCACAGUCACAGCAAGCGGAGAGGAAUAUAAAGGAAGAACUGAAAACACUCAAGGAGGCUUUACGGUGUGAGGAUGCAGGCUUUUCUUGUGUCUCAAAUGCCAUCCUAUUCCCUAAACAGUACACUACUUUUGACCAGAGCCCUUUGUGACGCAGACGUUGGGUCUUCAGUCAGCCACAGCACAGGACUAGCCAACCAGGCGGGCAGGGUAAUGUACUGUGAUACAGGCCAGACGUAACCUCCUGUGAAGAUAAGGAAUUGACACAGCAGUGUAAAACAGUAGCCCCGCCCCUGCCGCUAGGAGCUACAGGGAGGAGUAUCAGGUAUCUGGCCCUACAUGUUGAUCUCUGAUCAGACAUUUAACCUGGACCCUGUGAAUGGGAAUCAGAUUGUGAACAGCUGUGUUGUUGUUAUUGGUGUCUUGGGUAGGGGUCGCUGUGACUUACUAGGUUCUGUAGACGGAUCAAGAGAGAGAUGGAGAGAGAUGAAGAGACCGUAAAACACAGAGAUAAAAAAGAGAGUAAACAAAGAGAGGGGAGAGAGAUACAUUCUGCGUAUUGUGCAUAUUCAUGUCAGCAGAUGAAUGUGGGUCAACAGAGCUAAAAUAGUGACAAUGUGCAUCGUUUGAUGUGAGCUCUUUGUGUGCUGCUGGCAAUCCUUUUGUCUAGAUGAAUGUGGCUUAAAACGUCCAUUCCACGUUUAAUAAUGUGAUCUAAAAUGGAUCGUGGUCUUUAACUGGCGACCCACUUCACACAGGUUUACCCACACAGUUCCACUGUACAGCAGUUCUAGCUCAAGAGAAUAAUACCCCUCUUAUUUCAUAACAACUGAAGGAGGGGCGGAGUAAGGAGGUACACCUUUAAUUAACACCAACACCUCUUUCUGGAUAUUAACACCAUGAACGUCCACUUUAAUUAGACACACUAAUUAGCAAUUAAACAAGACUGUGUCAUGGGGAGGUUGUGUAUGUGUGUGUGUGUGUGUGUGUGUGUGUGUGUGUGUGUGUGUGUGUGUGUGUGUGUGUGUGUGUGUGUGUGUGUGUGUGUGUGUGUGUGUGUGCGUAUGUGCGUGUGUGCGUGUGUGCGUGUGUGUGUGUGUGUGUGUGUGUGUGUGUGUGUGUGUGCGUGCGUGCGUGCGUGCGUGUGUGUGUGUGUGUGUACAGGGUCGGUCAAUAUGCAGCAGUGGGUUGUGUGUAGUGUUUAAGCUAAUUGAAUUAGAUCUGCCUGCCUGGCUCGAGAGUUGAUUAGGAGUCUGUGGGAUUGGAAUAUUGACAGGCAACUGUGGAGAAAUGCAUAAACAAGGAGAGAACAGCUCAUAUCCACCUCCACACACACACACACACACACACAGAGAGAGAGAUAUAGAGAGGGUACAUUCACCUAAUCCACUUUAAUGCAUGAUCCAGCUGUUAACCAGUAGAGUGACCUGUAUGUAUUAAUACUAUAGGAGGCAGUCUGUCAUUGUGGCUGCGUAUCAAGGACCAGUGUUGGGGAGUAGUGAACUACAUGUAGUCCAACUAGUAAUGUAACUACAUUUUGCAGUGAUUUGAUGGUAGCUGAGUUAUAUUACAAUCUUAGUAGUGUUUUCAGUAGUUCAUUACUUUUCUGCCAUGUAGAGGUCCGGCUAGCCACUGGAACUACACACUACUCCUUUUGCAAAAAUAAAAUAAAAUAUGGGUGAAGUAGGAAAAAAAACUAUCUGGCAUCAGACCUGCCUAAUUCUCACUUGAGACAUAGUUUUUGUGUUUAAUAGGAUAAAUUACACAUUAUGUUAACAUCUAACUACAGAGCGAUCUGUUCUUGCUAUUUGUAUUCUAUGACAUUUCAAAUGUACAUAUUAUUUUUCAUGAAGUAGUUUGGAUGCAGUGAAGUGCUUUUUAAAAGUAACUUUAGUUCAGUAAACUAUAAACUCUUUCUGAAGGGUAGCUUUAGUGUAGUUUAACUUCUUCCAGUGUGAAGGGUAGCUUUAGUGUAGUUUACUUCUUCCAGUGUGAAGGGUAGCUUUAGUGUAGUUUAACUUCUUCCAGUGUGAAGGGUAGCUUUAGUGUAGUUUAACUUCUUCCAGUGUGAAGGGUAGCUUUAGUGUAGUUUACUUCUUCCAGUGUGAAGGGUAGCUUUAGUGUAGUUUAACUUCUUCCAGUGUGAAGGGUAGCUUUAGUGUAGUUUAACUUCUUCCAGUGUGAAGGGUAGCUUUAGUGUAGUUUAACUUCUUCCAGUGUGAAGGGUAGCUUUAGUGUAGUUUAACUUCUUCCAGUGUGAAGGGUAGCUUUAGUGUAGUUUAACUUCUUCCAGUGUGAAGGGUAGCUUUAGUGUAGUUUAACUUCUUCCAGUGUGAAGUCAUUGGUAGCUUGGUAAACUAUAUUUUCAGAGUAGCUUCCCCAACACUGUCAAGGACACACUGACAGGUUGUAGAGUCACCCCUCUAGAGAAAUGGGAAACGGGAUAUCCUGUGCUGAAGUCUCCCAGGUUAGAUGGACCGAUAUGAUUUACAUACAGCAUUUUAGUGCAUUGAAUUAACUCUCCAAAGGUGAUGGAUUUUAUUUAAAAUAGGGGUCGAUAGGGUACGUUUCUAUCAAUAGCAACAGUGUUGUAGUGUGAUGUAAGGUGGUAGCCAAGGAGAUACUUUUCUUAAGUAGAAAAUGUUCCGAAAGUGAAUUUCAGCCUCUCUCUCUUUCUCUUUCUCUCGCUUAUUCACUCUAUGUGUCCUCUUGUAUGAGUGUUCACUGCUCCACGCUACACACACACACACACACACAUACCCCUAAGCGCCUGGGCCUAAGUGGAAUGUGGCUUCAGCGGUGUGUAGCGAUUGAACACGACAUCUCUGCAUGGGCUUCAGCAGAAUAACACCUGUCCCCCUUUAUUCAAGGAGAAAAGCUGGAAAUUACCUUCCUCUGAGAGUUGGAUUGUAUUAGCUCUCCUCCUGCACAAGAGUUUUUUCACUCCCUCCUUUUCCACUUUCCUUUUUCUUUUUUCAAAAUAUGUCAUCUUGUUUCACCUGCGCUUGUUUGUGAUGAAAUGAUGCAUGUUGAAUACAAACCAGUCUGUGGGUGAGAGUGGUUCAAAUUAGUAAAUGUUAUAUAAAUGUUACCUGGAUGUUACAAGGGGUGUUUUUUUCGGUUCCCUCAGCUCUCUCUGGUUGAAGUAGUGUUGGGUUAUGAUUGGUUUAUCCUGUGAGACUGAUCCGAGGUCAAAGGUCAUAUUCCAUACAGAUCCAUAGUGCCCCCAUUUUGGUUUUCCAUUGGAACCGACAAGGUCAUGGAAGGAAAGAGUCACAAUGCCAGCUCUCUCAGUGAAAGAGGAGAGAGGAAAUCUCACUGGAUUUACAGAACUCUUUCCAGACUCUUCAGUCUUCCUGAAGGAAACAGCUACAACAAACAAACAAUUUAAAAGUACGAUACCCACUGAUCUCCUCUCUGAGACACUACACCUGAAAACUCUACAGAGGAACUGCUAUGCUACCGGAGGCUAACUGUGACAGACUCUGCUCUUCACCAUUCACACACAGAGGGAUUCUCAAGGAACCUGGCGAGAACGUUUAAAAACACACGCUCGGAAAGGUGACUUUUUUGUCAUUUUGGCUCCAAAUCCCUGAACUCCUAAUGUAAGUUUACAGACAUUGACACGUGUGAGAGUGUCCUGCCCCUUCAAAAGGACUCAGAUGGUUGACAAAGCUGUGAAAGGAUUUUCAUCUGUACAAACCAGUGCCCAUACAUACAACCAUUACAACUGCCACCAUUUUUAGUGUGUUCGAAGUACAAUGUGACAAAAAAAGAUGUUUGGUUGUUUCAUACUACAGUUUCAUACGUUUCAGAAGUUUUUACGUCUCAAUUUGCCAUUGGUUUGUUUUCUAUUCUAAAUUGUCAACUGUUUGACUCAAUUUGCCAUUGAUUAGCUAUUCUAUCUAAAUAGGAUGUAUAAAUCACUAGGAGGAGUAAGACUGGAGCUCAUUCAAGUGCUCUCCUGCUCAAGGACCUGCCUCGAUCAUCACACAUCGUUUCCACAACAUUCCCAGAGUCCUUUAGCCAAAUACAGUGGCAAUUCUAUUUGUAUUUUGUAAUAAUAAAAGAGAACCCAGUGGGACUUCUCUCGGCUUGCUUGCACAACGCUUUUUUACCAGAGCUCUUGUAAUGGUUUUACUCUCAUGUAGCCUAUGCCUCCCAAUCCGUCAUUUCAAAGCUAUUUUGAUCAAAUUCUUUCAACUCUGCACUGGACAUACCAAGGAGGGUCUUGGGUCAAAACUAGUGCACUACAUUGUGAUCAAGAUGCACAAUAUAGUGAAUAGGUCGCCAUUUGAGAAAUAACCCAGAUAUACUAAUCUCCCUCCACUAGGUUGUCAGGAAUGGUCAAAGUUUUCCGUUCUAAAAUAACUUCUGUUGUCUGUGUUUAAAUAAUACAUGGUUUCCCUGCUAACUCCCAGCAAGCGGUGUAAUGGUUGCGGUUUAGACGAGCUGUUGUGUUAAGUGGCCUUUGUUUAGGCUUCUGAGAUAUUUAUCAGAACAGAGCUGUGUUUGGGGGCGUAUUGGGGCGUAGAGGUUGGGAACACCAGAGGAGCGGCUGGAUGCUGGAUAUAGAACAUGGAAGACUGUAUUCUAUAGCACUGACCUAAAGUAGUUAAGAGUACAUUGGUGGCCUACAUGGAGCCUUUGGGCUUGGUUAGUUUUCCAGAGCAGGUUGGAGUGUAUACCUUGUACCCAGUGCACUGUACUUAGGGGGACUCGGUACUCGACAACAAUUCAAAAAAGCAUGGCAUCCCCUCUUGGGCGCCCCAAUAAGCAUUAAACAUAUAAACAUUGAUUGGAUCCACAAUUUCUUUAGUACUCACAAGAGUCACUGCCUAAAAACAAUGAGAGUCUGGAGCCUAGUCUCAGUUAGCUACUGUACUCCUCCAUCUUUGUUGUUGUGUCCUCCUUGCCUCAGCAGAGCCCUGGCUUUUAACCGUGUUGUAAUCUAAUCCUGUUAGGAUUGGGUCUAUUUAUUUUAGCUCUCUGUGUGAAAGAUCACACUAUUUACAUAGAGUUCGUAAUACCUACUUAUCCCCCUUUAUACUCUCCAUGAGGCCUUGUUUCUGACAUCUAAAGCCCCCCUGGAGACAGAGGCUGUGUCCCAAAUGGUACCCUAUUCCCUAUAUAGUGCACUACUUUUGACCAGGUUUCAUAGGGCUCUGGUCAAAAGUAGUGCACUAUGUAGGGAAGAGGGUGCCAUUUGCGAUGCAGAUACAGACAGACAGACAUAUAUCAACAGCUAUUCAGGCGGCCAUGACAUCAAUGCUUUAUGUUGGAUGCUAUGCUUCAUGACAUGGUGGAACAGUGUGAGUAUUUGAAGAGUUUCCCAUCUCUCAGAGAAUGGGUUGAAAGGCCCAGUGAUGUCUCUAGUUGUGCCCCAGCGGCCCUCUCUCUUCACACAGAUGGACUGUGUGUGCAGACUACAGAUGGACUGUGUGUGCAGAGUACAGAUGGACUGUGUGUGCAGACUACAGAUGGACUGUGUGUGCAGACUACAGAUGGACUGUGUGUGCAGACUACAGAUGGACUGUGUGUGCAGACUACAGAUGGACUGUGUGUGCAGACUACAGAUGGACUGUGUGUGCAGACUACAGAUGGACUGUGUGUGCAGACUACAGACAACAGAUAAUGAAAAUAAGUCAAUGGCUCUCUAAUCGUGCUGUUGACUUUGAUCAGUGAUCAUCUACCCCAACGCUGUAUGGAACAGAAGGCUACUGAGCUGUGACUGUAGUGUAGCAGAAAGGAAGGGGGAAAGAGAGAGAGACAGGUUGUAGCAGACACUGGCUAUAUAGAUGCUGCAUAGAAGAAAAGAGCAAGAGGGAUGGACACAGAAAGAGAGAGGGCAGAGGCUAGUGACAGGCUGGCUGUAUGGAAGGAAAGGAAGCUAUCUGAAGAGAAAGAGACAGAGGAGAGAAGUGAGAAGGAUGACAAAAAUAAAGACUAACAGCAGAGCCUGAAUGUAUCGAUGGAAAAGAAGCUAUAGGAAGCUAAGAGACAAUUUAUUCUUGAUCUGAAAAUGUGGUCGGAGGCUCCAUAUGGAGGGUGUGAUGCAAUGACAGAGUCUCCGGAGGAAUGCAGAGGCCAAAUUGAGCUCUGUACCACAUCGCUGUGUGCCUCUCAAAUGUUGUAAGAAUGCAGAGGGCUCAGUAUAGCGCCGCAUUGACAUGAGUGGUUGACGGUAGAUGAGGGAAGGAGGUCCUGUAUAAACACAAACUCACUUCUUUGACAACUUCCUUCACAACAGAUCUGUGCUGCUCGGCAAAGUGCAAGAAGUAUGAAUACCCUGACUUCUGCAGAGGCCAUAUCACCCUAAAUGCUGCACGGCCAAUAUAGACUGCGGAUUGACCAGGCAUCGCCUUUUAAGUGGCAGAAAAGAAGCUGUAGCGAGAACAUGGUGUGACAUUAAUCGUUGUCAGUUUUCAGCCACAUUACAAAAAGCAGAAAGUGGAUUACUUUUCCAUGGAAUUUUUCUCCACCUCUUUCUAAGCUCUUUAUCUCUCUCCAAGCAUUAGGACCUCUAACUGCUAUAACAAUGGACCAGAGAGGCAAGAGGACAGCAGAUUUAUGGCUGGAAAUGGGCUUUAAUUUCACAUUUUACAUUUCACAUAUUAUGGAAAAAUCAGGGGUUACAGAUAUAGGAUCUUAAUUUGAUCACUCUUUUGUUACUGAGAAUUUCAGAUCAGCUUUGCGAUGUACAUAAAUUCACUGAAAACCCACACUAACACAUGGUUAUAUUAACAGUAUUGUACUUUUCAUAUAGCCUACUUUUGGCCAACUAAUAGCCUAACCACCGAUCUAGGAACGUUAUGGACUAAAUGUUCAUUACAUUAUAUUAUAUUUUUGCUGUGACAAUAUAGGUCAAAUUAAGAUCCUGUAUAUCUUGGUCCAACUCAUUUAGAAGCUACGACUAUUGAAACAGUAUUAAUGUUCAUCCAUAGUUUAUUACUUUGAAUGAAUUACUGUCUAAUGGACCUUCAAUGGAUUCAAAUAAAUUGUAUUUUAUAAAUGAUAAUUGACUGAUAUCGAAAAGUGAAAUUUGAAAGCAGAAAACAUAAAGCAUUUGAAAUGCAGCACCAUUUUGCUAGUUUAUAGUCAUACAACUCAGUUCACAUGCAGUUGAAAA